CUGGGGCGGGGGAGGAGGCGCCAAGGUGCAGCCUGCGCGCGGCUCUGCGCCUCGGCGGGGCUGUGUGCGUGUGUCCCUGUCCGCGCUGCUGAAACGCGCUCUUCGAGGGAUCGGCGUCACAUGACUCCGCCUGCCCCCUCGCCAGCGCGCAGGUCGCCAGUCCCUCAGUUUGCCCGGCGCGGGUGGAGGGUCGGGCGGCGUCUCCCAGGGCUCUGCGGAGCGGAGAAGAGGUUCCAGCGGGGAAUGGUACAUCUGGAUUCAAGAAGCCGCGGCUCGGCGCCAGAUCCUGGAGUGUAGAUAUUUGGGGGGAGGGGAGAGCGAGAGGGAGCGAGCGAGCGAGCGCCAGAGAGAGGCAGCGCGCGGCGCGCAAGGACGGGGGGCUGCUGCGCGGAGAAGAUGUAAGCGCGUGGGGUCUCGCUGGCCUCUGAGCACCAUGCAGAAGGGGAUCCGGCUGAACGAUGGCCACGUCGCGUCCCUGGGACUGCUGGCGCGCAAGGACGGCACGCGCAAAGGCUACCUGAGCAAGAGGAGUUCGGACAACACAAAAUGGCAAACCAAGUGGUUCGCGCUGCUGCAGAACCUGCUCUUCUACUUCGAGAGCGACUCGAGCUCGCGGCCCUCGGGGCUUUACCUGCUCGAGGGCUGCGUGUGCGACCGCGCGCCCUCCCCCAAGCCGGCGCUGUCGGCCAAGGAGCCGCUGGAGAAACAGCAUUACUUCACGGUGAACUUCAGCCAUGAGAACCAGAAAGCCUUGGAGCUGAGGACAGAGGACGCGAAAGACUGUGAUGAAUGGGUGGCAGCCAUUGCACACGCCAGCUACCGGACCCUGGCCACGGAGCAUGAGGCGCUCAUGCAGAAGUAUCUGCACCUGCUGCAGAUCGUGGAGACGGAGAAGACUGUAGCGAAGCAGCUUCGGCAGCAGAUCGAGGAUGGGGAGAUCGAGAUCGAGCGGCUGAAGGCGGAGAUUGCAUCUCUGCUCAAGGAUAAUGAGCGCAUCCAGUCCACCCAGACCGUCGCCCCCAACGAUGAAGACAGUGACAUCAAGAAAAUUAAGAAGGUGCAGAGCUUCCUGCGCGGCUGGCUGUGCCGGCGGAAGUGGAAGACCAUCAUCCAGGACUACAUCCGGUCCCCCCACGCCGACAGCAUGCGCAAGCGGAACCAGGUGGUGUUCAGCAUGCUGGAGGCCGAGGCCGAGUACGUGCAGCAGCUGCACAUCCUCGUCAACAACUUCCUGCGCCCGCUGCGGAUGGCUGCCAGCUCCAAGAAGCCGCCCAUCACGCAUGACGACGUCAGCAGCAUCUUCCUGAACAGUGAAACCAUCAUGUUUUUGCAUCAGAUCUUUUACCAAGGCCUGAAGGCUCGCAUCUCCAGCUGGCCCACGCUGGUCCUGGCGGACCUGUUUGAUAUCCUGCUGCCCAUGCUCAACAUCUACCAAGAGUUCGUCCGCAACCACCAGUACAGCCUGCAGAUCCUGGCCCACUGCAAGCAGAACCGCGACUUCGACAAGCUGCUGAAGCACUACGAGGCCAAGCCGGACUGCGAGGAGAGGACGCUCGAGACCUUCCUCACCUACCCCAUGUUCCAGGUGGCGGCUGGCCCUGCGCGGGCGGCGCGGGAGAGUGUCAAUCUGUCAAAGCCUGUGGCCAUAGGAGGGCUAGAGGUGGUCCUGGGUGUCAGGCCCUCGCGUGCCCACAGCUCCAGUCAGCCAGGAGCAGGUAGCAGCAGUGGUGGACGAGCAUGUGGCUUGUCCAAUCCAGUGCCCAGUCCUCUGGUCAAGGCCUCACACAUGGCCCUCUUCCACGACCUGAAGCCCAGAGGGAAGCUUCCUCUGCAAGGGCAGAUUCGGGGGAGCACUGAGGGGCUCUCGAAGCACCCCAGGCAGCAGAUGACCCCAGCCCCACCUGAGAAUCCGGGUGCCAGGCUUCCUUCCUCGGUCUGGCCAGACGCCAGGCAUUCUCGCCUCCCUGGGAAGUGGGGGCAGCCUGUGUCUGACUGUGCAAUUUCACAUCCCCGCAGGAUAAUGCACGAUGAAGUAAGUGAGACAGAGAACAUCCGGAAAAACCUGGCCAUCGAGCGCAUGAUCAUUGAAGGCUGUGAGAUCCUCCUGGACACCAGCCAGACCUUUGUGAGACAAGGUUCCCUCAUCCAGGUGCCCAUGUCCGAAAAGGGCAAGAUCACCAGGGGGCGCCUGGGGUCUCUGUCCCUAAAGAAAGAGGGCGAGCGACAGUGCUUCCUGUUUUCUAAGCAUCUGAUUAUCUGUACCAGAGGCUCUGGAGGGAAGCUUCACCUGACCAAGAAUGGAGUCAUAUCCCUCAUUGACUGCACUUUAUUGGAGGAGUCAGAAAGCACGGAGGAGGAGGCCAAAGGAUCCGGCCAAGACGUAGAUCACCUGGAUUUUAAAAUCGGAGUGGAGCCAAAAGAUUCUCCACCCUUUACAGUCAUCCUAGUGGCCUCGUCCAGACAGGAGAAGGCGGCAUGGACCAGUGACAUCAGCCAGUGUGUGGAUAACAUCCGGUGCAAUGGGCUCAUGAUGAACGCAUUUGAAGAAAAUUCCAAGGUCACCGUGCCACAGAUGAUCAAGUCCGACGCCUCCUUAUAUUGUGAUGAUGUUGACAUUCGCUUCAGCAAAACCAUGAACUCCUGCAAAGUGCUGCAGAUCCGCUAUGCAAGCGUGGAGCGGCUGCUGGAGAGGCUGACCGACCUGCGCUUCCUGAGCAUCGACUUCCUCAACACCUUCCUGCACUCCUACCGCGUCUUCACCACUGCCGUCGUGGUCCUGGACAAGCUCAUCACCAUCUACAAGAAGCCUAUCAGUGCCAUCCCUGCCAGGUCGCUGGAGCUCCUGUUUGCCAGUGGCCAGAACAACAAGCUUCUGUACGGUGACCCCCCCAAGUCCCCGCGCGCCACCCGCAAGUUCUCCUCACCGCCACCCCUGUCCAUCACCAAAACGUCGUCACCCAGCCGCCGGCGGAAGCUCUCCCUGAACAUCCCCAUCAUCACCGGCGGCAAGGCCCUGGACCUGGCUGCCCUCAGCUGCAACACCAACGGUUACACCAGCAUGUACUCGGCCAUGUCGCCCUUCAGCAAGGCCACGCUGGACACCAGCAAGCUCUAUGUGUCCAGCAGCUUCACCAACAAGAUUCCAGAUGAGGGUGAUACGACCCCGGAGAAGCCCGAAGACCCCUUGUCGCUCAGCAAGCAGAGCUCAGAAGUCUCCGUGAGAGAGGAGUCAGAUAUUGAUCAAAACCAGAGUGAUGACGGUGAUACUGAAACAUCACCAACUAAAUCGCCAACAACACCCAAAUCAGUCAAAAGCAAAAAUUCUUCAGAGUUCCCGCUCUUUUCCUAUAACAAUGGAGUCGUCAUGACCUCCUGUCGCGAACUGGACAAUAACCGCAGUGCCUUGUCGGCCGCGUCCGCCUUUGCCAUAGCAACUGCGGGGGCCAACGAGGGUACCCCAAACAAGGAGAAAUACCGGAGGAUGUCCUUAGCCAGCGCAGGGUUCCCCCCAGACCAGAGGAAUGGAGACAAGGAGUUUGUGAUCCGCCGAGCAGCCACCAAUCGUGUCCUGAACGUGCUCCGCCACUGGGUGUCCAAGCACUCUCAGGACUUUGAGACCAACGAUGAGCUCAAAUGCAAGGUGAUCAGCUUCCUGGAAGAAGUUAUGCAUGACCCAGAGCUCCUGACGCAGGAGCGGAAGGCCGCAGCCAACAUCAUCAGGUAA